CAGUGUAGUGUAUAGUGCAUCUAUAUUUCACCGUUUCCCGCGAUCAAACGGAAUAUCUUUGAAACCAGCGUAUCUGCAUUGUUCUAAUAAACGAUGUUACAAACCGGAAGCAGCUCAUCUGUUUCAUGCAAGCGAGGAUCGCUGAUGAGAACAUGUUUUCAAACCAGCGUUUAUUCUUGCAGUUGAUUACUGAAAGUAACGCCGGUUUGCACGGCCUCAUCCCACAGCUGCAGCAACGUCUGGAUUGAAUAUUACAGGAGUUGAGGUGAUACCUGCCCUGUAGAAACAGCUCGUCCGAAUUCUGCAACAACAGCAAGACUGAGCACAGCAGCUGUAGUAAAAAUUAAUACUGCAGCUGUAGCAUCACCUGAAAUAAAUGCUCCAUCAACAUCUGGACUGAGCACGGCAGCUGUAGUAAAAAUUAAUACUGCAGCUGUAGCAUCACCUGGAAUAAAUCCUCCAUCAACAUCUGGGCUGAGCACUGCAGCUGUAGUAAAAAUUAAUACUACAGAUGAAGUAUCAGCUGGAAUAAAAUCUGCAGCAACAGCUCGACAGUGCAACUUUAGAAACAGUUGAAUUGAAGCCUGGAGCUGUAGUAACAGAUGGGCUGAACCCUGGAGAUGUAGUAACAGAUGAAUUGAACUUUGCAACUGUGGAAACAGAUGAAUUGAAACCUGCAGCUAUGGUAACAGAUGAGUUGAAGCCUGAGCUACAGUAACAGAUGAAUUGAAGCCUGCAACUGUAGUGACAGACGACUUGAAGCCUGAGCUGUAGUAACAGACGAAUUAAGCCUGCAACUGUAGUAACAGACGAAUUGAAGCCUGAGCUGUAGUAACAGAUGAAUUGAACUUUGCAACUGUAGUAACAGAUGAGUUGAAGCCUGCAGCUGUAGUAGCAGAUGAAUUGAAGCCUGAGCUGUCGUAACAGACGAAUUGAAGCCUGAGCUGCAGUAACAGAUGAAGCCUGCAGCAACAGCUGGAUCCUGCAGCAAGACGGUGAUGACGUCAGGUCGGCUGCUUUAAAAAAUGGUGGUUGGUGUGGAGUCAGAAAAUAGGAGAUUUAGAGACGGCUCGGGUUGUGGCAGGCAGCAGCAGCAUCAGAAGGAGGUAAAGUGGCCCGGGGAGAAGCUGCAGCAUGUCCCGAGACUGUGCAGUGGGCUUGCUGCUGACUGAGCAAGAGGACAAGCGCUUCUCCGACCUUUUCUCAUUCACUCUGCCAGACGCCGAUACAACAGGCAGAGUUGCAGCCGGAGUUAAAGUUGGCGAGUUAUUCCAAGCCUCCCAGCUCCCCCCAGACACUUUGCACCAGAUCAUGAACCUUUGUGGUGCAACGCAACUGGGUUAUUUUGGCCGUGGUCAGUUUUACAUUGCCCUAAAACUAAUAGCUGCAGCCCAAUCCAACCUUCCAGUACAGCUAGAAAGCAUUAACUGUGAAUUGCCUCUUCCUCAGUUCCCUGCAUUGAGGAGUGACAAUGACAUGCAAAAAGGAAGCCUUUCCCAAAAUGCAGAAAUCCAUGGGCAAGUGGGCCGCACAAUCUCAUUAGUGAGCUCCUCCAAAGGUGUAGAGAAUGUACAAGGAAAAGUGCAGGAGCCUGUGUCUGCAGUUACGUUGCCCAUCGACUCUCCUCCUUCUUCACCCCGCUACCAAAAGAGUCAAGCAGUAAGUGGAGAUGGGAGACCAAGAUUUGGUUUUGAUCAAAAUCAAACAGUCACUCACGAAGGAAGCCCAACAGCAGGCUCUGUUGUACAUCCAACUGGACAAACGCAUGGGAGCUAUAUGUCCAAGCCUUCACUUCCUCACUCACUUUAUAAUCGGAAGCAACCAACUGUACAGCCAGCAGAUCCAGAAACGCAGGAGAACCCUUCAGAUGACACUGAUGACCCCUGGAGGAUAACAGAGGAACAGCGAGAGUACUACUAUAAUCAGUUUAAAACACUGCAGCCUGACAUGAAAUCUCUCAUUUCUGGUGCUGUUGCUAAGGAGCUCUUUACAAAAUCUAAGCUUCCUAUCCGAGAGCUGUCUCAUAUAUGGGAACUCUCUGAUGUGGAUUGUGAUGGAGCUUUGACACUGUUCGAAUUCUGUGCCGCCUUUCAUCUUGUCGUAGCUAGGAAGAAUGGUUAUUCAUUGCCAGCCACACUUCCAGAAACUCUGAUGCCUGAAUAUCUACAAAGGAGUGAAGUGUUUCUACAGAUGAUGCAUGAAGAUAUACUAUUGUGUUCCCAUGGUAACUCGACUAUUGAUUCUCGAGCAAGACAACAGCAAUGGACAAGCUGGGAUCACAGUGAGGAGAAUAUCGUAGCUGAAUCAGUGCCCACUAAAUUAUCUGCAAGCACCUUCCAGCAGCCAGAACUCCACUUCCAGAAUGAGAAAUCAGAUUUAAAUUGGAGCACAAAUGCUAGAUUCAAACAAAUGUCAGGUGAAUACCAGCGGAGUGAAGAUGCAUUUUCCUUAUUUAAAGCAGGUUGCAAGGAACUGGAUUGCAGCCAGAAAACGAAAACAAGACCCAGGUCAUACUCUAGUACCUCUGCUGAAGAUGCUAUUAAGAAAGGAGAAGUGCCUCCAACUCCCCCACCAAGACUUCCAAAGACUCACUCCAGAGCCUCUUCUCUGGACCUUAAUAAACUUUUCCAGCAAGGUAACCAAGUGGUGAAGUCUAGUUUGUCACAGCCACCUCCUGCUGUUCCACCACGACCUCCAACAGCUAAGAUUACUCCCUUUCCUAACAAAGCUGAGACCAGUAAUGUUUCUGCUGAACAGCUGGAGAAGGUUCAGCAGCCAAACUUUGCAGAUUUCAGCAAGUUUAGUGAGCAGGAGAAUAUUGUAGAGAAGACGACUGAGUUACGGGCUACUAGAAUUGAAGAGAUUAAGGCCAACAAAGGAUCUUUAACAGACCUAUCCUCUCAAAUGAAGAGACCAAGUAAUCUGGGAGAAGAAAAUAGCUCCCCAAUUAAGGAUGUGAAGUCUCGCCAGCCUCCUUUGAAACCUCUUCGUAGAAAACAUCGGCCUGAAAGCCAGGGGGAGAGUCAGGAACCAUUGCCUCGACUUAAUUCGACUUCCGCACCAGACGCUAAACUGCACCAGCAAUUGCAAAAAAUGCCAUCCAAGCAUAAAAAAGCCAUUCAGACAGCGGUUCGCAAAAACAAAGAGGCUAAUAUGAUUCUGGUCAGGUUGAAUGGUGAACUGCAGCAGCAAUUCAAAGAAGUUCGCAAAGAACGGAUUGCACUGGAGUCUCAAUUGGAGCAACUUCGACCAGUCUCCCACACAUGACUUCUCCACCUUUCAACAUGCAAUGGUUAGGAAAGCAGAAGCUCAAUUAUGAGGACUGUGUGCAGUCUAAAACUUUUAGAUAAGAACAGGGCGAACGUGAGCACAAUUCACUCCACUGUGAUCAAAUAACUUCUCUUGGUGCCAUCAAUUUUAUAGCAAACUGUUUGAGCAUAUAAACAGGGAAACCUACCCAGUGCAAACGCUUAUAUUUGCACGUUCCAAAGGUCUUUGAAAAUGUACAGUUGUUUAAAGCACAAUAUGUUCCAGCCAACUUGUGUAACAAGUACUAGACCAAUUUGUUUUUACAUGGUUAUGAACAGCUUUCAUUUGAAAGCACAAUCUGCGUUGUAGUGUCCCAUACAUGCAUGUACAAAGCCAUGAUAAACCGGUAGGAGCAAAACCAAGCAGUCUGAGAUUUUGUUAAACUAUCUUUUUAACAACUGCAGUAUUUUGCCAAACAAAAUGUUCAUUUCAGAUCCAUACAAUGUGUUCAACACCACUUUGACCUUACCCCUCCAUCCCAGCAAAUUUUACACUUCAUAAAACGUGUGUACUUAUUUUCUCUUUCAGUUUUCAAUAUUCAAUAACUAUAUUGUGAAUUGUGCAAAAAAGUACAGUUUUCUAAGGAAAUUUAUGAUGAAGACAAUAUUAACAUUAAAGUGGGUAACUUUCUCGUCUUGUAUACAAUACAUUCUAUAUUACUAUGAAUUCUAGUUUAAUGGUGAAGUACUCAGUGUUUGAGCAGCUAUCUGAAGUUAUGAGCAUCUUGUAGUUGUAAUUUAAAGCUCCAUGUGACUCAUGGACUUGUGUAAUUACAUAGACAAAAUAACAAGAAUUGCAUGUUGUAAGAGCGAAACUUUUUCUGGGAAUGGCAUGCUUGUAUUCUGUUCAACUGCCUGAUGUGUAAACCUGUUAGACAAUGAUACAUAACUGUCAUUUUAUAUGUUUAUUUUCUCAUCUGUCUGCCUUUACUGAUGUGCAAUAUUUUUAUUCUGAAUUAUGCAUAAUACUGAAAAGCUAUUUAAAUAGAGGUAUCAGGGAUUGUAGGAUUUAAAUAUUUUCUUCUGAGUAGCAACUUUUGCUCCUCCCUGAAAUCAUUGCAGAGUUGGUAGUACUCUGUUGAAAUAAAUUUGGUAAUGUUUCUAGAA